AUGCCAGUGACAUCAUCUGCUCGCGAACCGCACUUCCACAGAGGUGUGAAGCGCAUACCAAACCGCGAGGCAGAAUUAUUUAGAUUAUUUAGUAUUGUUAGCAUUGUCACGGGGUCAGAUCCUAGAAGAGCUAUGUCGUCUGCGUACUCGAUGUCUGUGAGCGGAGGCCCAAGGAGCACUUCGAACCCACAGGCAUUACAAGCUGGUAGUGUGAAGCGCAUACCAAACCGCGAGGCAGAAUUAUUUAGAUUAUUUAGUAUUGUUAGCAUUGUCACGGGGUCAGAUCCUAGAAGAGCUAUGUCGUCUGCGUACUCGAUGUCUGUGAGCGGAGGCCCAAGGAGCACUUCGAACCCACAGGCAUUACAAGCUGGUAGUGAGUCUUCCAUGAUCGUAUCGAUGACGAAGUUGAAGAGGAAAGGUGAAAGAGGACAACCCUGUCGGACACCACUUGAUGUGGUGAACUCAGGAGAAAGCUUCCCGUAG